AAAUGAAAAAGACCGAACUCUCAAACACGUCCCCAGUGUUGGAGUGGCAAGCAUCCAAAACCCUAAAUCUUCCGCCUCUGAGAAAUAGUAAGAAUCAAUGGCCACCUCAGGAGCCGCCAGAUCCAUUUUCCGCUCCUGCGCCGCCCGCAGCUCUGGCUGUGCGGCGCGUCUCGCCCCCGAAGCCAAAGCCGCCCGUUCCCCGUUCCGCAUGGCCGGGAAGCGGCCGUCCUCUUCUUCUCCUUUUCCCGCGCUCCGGUCUCCUGUUCAAUUGAGCUUCUGCGUGGAGUCGAUGCUGCCCUACCACACUGCAACAGCUUCGGCUUUGAUGAACUCAAUGCUCUCUGUCACUCGCCACAGUUAUGGCUGGCUUUCAGAAGCUUGCAAUGAUGAUGUGUGAUGAAUGUUCCAAGGAUUCAAGGAAGUUUUAUGUACUUAGAAGGCAGUGACUGCUGGUAAUUAGGAGUUUUGAAUGAGCUGCACAAGAGAUAAGUUGCAUGUACUGAGCUUUUAAACCUAGAUCAACGAGUAGACUUGGUUACCUUUUUCUAAAGUCCUAAAGACAUUUCCUUUGUGUUUCUGCUUUACACUUAUAAAGUGGCAAUCUUUUGUAUUGCGGCAUAUUUGAUUUGUUUCCUUUGCAUUGAUGUUACUGACCAAAGAGUCAUUGUAUUUAAUCAGCUUGCAACGAUGAUGCAUGAUCUUUGUCCAGUGAGGUCGGGUAGAAGUCUGUUCAAAAUUAUUGCACUUGAAGAGAAUGAUGUCUUGGAAGCUUAAUAAUGCAUGCUUACCGCAUGAAUCUGUUCUGAAAUACCUUCUCAUUUUUUAUGCUCUUUCGCCUUUUUCCCUUUAGGGAGGGGGGGUCUGAGUACAAAGAGAAUAUUAUAUGUAAGAAUUGUAUGACUACAUUGCCCAGAUGAAUAUAUAAUCUUCUCUGCA